AGCCGAGCGACGGAGUAUCGACCUGUCCUGUCUGUGUUUUUUGUGAUCCCUCCAUCCUGUUAAGACUAAAAAAGGGAUGUCUCUACGCUGCGGGGACGCCGCCCGCACCCUGGGGCCCCGGGUUUUUGGGAGAUAUUUAUGCAGCCCAGUCAGAACGUUCAGUUCUUUGCCAGAUAAAAAGAAAGAAUUUCUGCAGAAUGGACCAGACCUUCAAGAUUUUCUCUCUGGUGAUCUUGCAGAUAAGAGCACCUGGGAUGAAUACAAAGGAAACUUAAAACGCCAGAAAGGAGAACGGUUAAGACUGCCUCCCUGGCUAAAGACAGAGAUUCCCAUAGGGAAAAAUUACAAUAAACUGAAAAAUACACUGCGGAAUUUAAAUCUCCAUACAGUAUGUGAGGAAGCCCGCUGUCCCAACAUUGGAGAAUGUUGGGGAGGCGGCGAAUAUGCCACGGCCACAGCCACAAUCAUGUUGAUGGGUGACACGUGUACCAGAGGUUGCAGAUUUUGUUCUGUUAAGACUGCAAGAAACCCCCCUCCACUGGAUGCCAAUGAGCCCUACAAUACUGCAAAGGCCAUUGCAGAGUGGGGUCUGGAUUAUGUUGUCCUGACAUCUGUGGAUCGCGAUGAUAUGCCUGAUGGGGGAGCAGACCACAUUGCAAAGACUGUAUCUUACAUUAAAGAAAGGAAUCCAAAAAUUCUCGUGGAGUGUCUCACCCCUGAUUUCCGAGGAGAUCUGAAAGCAAUAGAGAAAGUUGCUCUGUCGGGAUUAGAUGUGUACGCACAUAACGUGGAAACAGUUCCAGAAUUACAGAGGAAAGUUCGGGAUCCCCGAGCGAAUUUUGACCAGUCGCUACGUGUCCUGAAACACGCCAAGGAGGUUCAGCCUGAUGUUAUUUCUAAAACGUCUAUAAUGUUGGGUUUAGGCGAGAACGAUGAGCAAGUAUACGCAACAAUGAAAGCACUUCGUGAAGCAGAUGUGGACUGUUUAACUUUAGGGCAAUAUAUGCAACCGACAAAGCGUCACCUUAAGGUUGAAGAAUAUAUUACUCCUGAAAAGUUCAAAUACUGGGAAAAAGUAGGAAAUGAGCUUGGAUUUCAUUAUACUGCAAGUGGCCCUUUGGUGCGUUCUUCAUAUAAAGCAGGUGAAUUUUUCCUGAAAAAUCUAGUGGCUAAAAGAAAACAAAAGCCCUCUAAACCUUAAAGAAGACCUUCAGGAUCACGGAAAUUUUAAAAAUUUGCUUCCAGGUGGUGCCAAAUGUGGUGCCAGAAUGCCUAGCCUUCAGUGGACAUACUCCAGCUCUUUCUGCUUUAAGGAAACUAUCAGUAAGCUGUGUGUAUUUCAUUAUGAUCGUUCAUUUGACGUGUAGAACAUCUUUUUUGUCCCAAUAAGCAGUUGCUUGCUGUGAUAUAGUCAUAAAACAUUUUUAUGACUUUGCUGUUAGCAUAAUAAUUUAGAAAUACAUUAAAAACUUCCAGAUUUUUCAAGCCACUUUUAUUUAUGCAUCAUCAUCAUAGUUCAUUUAGGAAAAAUGUAAAAGCAAAGUCUCAUCUGUGUUACAGCGAUGAGCAACAUGGAUGAGCCUGUGAUCAGUUCACUUAGGAUGAACCUAGAACAUCAUUGGGAUAAUUUGAAAAGGCGUGGGAUUUUGAAUGUUGAUUCUAUACAUGGGUGUGACUGCUUCAGACCCUGUAAAAUAGCUUUACACUACUCAUUUAGUGCCUGUGUGAAACAGGACACUGGGAGCUUGUCAAAGGCACAGAAAUGUAACCUAAGUCAUAGUAACCCUUGUUUGUCUGGUAGCUUGCUAAAUCCACAUGUGCUAUCCCAUUGAUUCCUCUUCUUCCUAAACUACUCUGGAGAAGCAAUUGUAUUUUAUGAUAGUAAUAACCUGAAAAAGGCAUUUCUUUCCAACAAAUUAAUACUCAAAUUUACCUUCUGACUCUGAAUCCUGUUUUUCUGCUCAUUCUACAUUUCUCAAAGGAAAAUUGUAGAUUGCUAUAUUGUAAGAUAUAUAGGCGGCCAAGGUUUUUUUUGGGAACUUUUAAAUAAAAGUACCAGUGUUUGUUAUAAAAGUAAUAUAUAGCUUUGGAAAUUAGUUACAUUUUAAUUUAACCUAGAGAAGGAUUUAAUUGCUUUCCUUAUAGAUCCUAAUAAAUUUUACUGCAUGAUUUUAACCCCAUCAACUUUAAACACUACAGAGACCUAAAAACUUACUCCACAGGAAAAACUGGCUUGCUUUCCGGACUCUGGCUGUAUAACAUAAUCUCAACGCUUCCUCACAGUUAGGCCUUUUCAGAGUGUAGGCUGAUAGUAAUGAAAUAUUUUUAGCAGGAGAUUCACUUUGUCAAAUGAAAUGAUAAAACUCCAGUAUGAAAUAUUUAAAUGACAUUUUAUUAGCACAAAUGUAUGUUAACAUUGCGGAUUUAUAAUUUUUAUUUAUUCUGUAUAUAAAAGUAGUGAAUCAUAAAAUGAAGCUAUGAACAGCAGGGGAUGUUGGUUUUUGAAGUGGAGUCACAAAUAAUGACAUACAGACUUGUUACUCAUUCGCCCAUUACUGCAUAACUGACCAUUAUAUCCUGACUGGAACGUGUAUGAGCAAGUGUCUGGUCUCGCUGGCCCCCCAAGUGUGGUGAGCAUCUGCUGGACAGCGUCCUCCCUCGCACAGCUGCCCAAGGAUAGACAGACUUGACUUUUAAAAGGACAGGUCAGAGAUGUUUAAAUGCACAGAUAGGGCAUUUAACUUGCAUUGGACAGUGCAAGUUAAAACAUCAGUGGUAUCCAAUGUAUUAAAAUUUGGUAUGUAAUAUACUUCAGUGUGUGUGUGAUCUUUUUCUUGUGUAGCACAAACGGCAUUUGGUUUUAAAAAAUGAAAGUUAUAAAGGCACAUAAUUUUUUUAAAAAAUAGGGUACAGAGCCGUAACAUUCCUUGCCCUUGUUUUCUCCAAGCAGUUGACUUAAGUUCUUUAGAGAAAAACACCCCUACCCUGCCUUAUUGUAAACUCUCAGGCGAAGAGACAGACUGGCAUGGGUAAACGCAAGGCUGCCCUGCAGUCCACCUCUAGGUGGGAUGAGAUUAUUCAAGCGGAAGACCUACAGUGAGGACCUGGUUUCUCUUCCACCUCCUUUGAGGUGGAGCCUCUGCUGUUAUGCUGGGUGGGGCCAGAAAUUUCUUGAAAUCUGUCUUGACCAGUCAUGGCCCCUCCCAGUCUCUUAGUUUUAUUGCAUCCUGUCUUUCCCCUCCCUGUGAUCUAAUGUAAUGGGGUCCUCAGAGGGAGAGGAUAUAAAUGCCAUAAUCACCAAGAACUCUGCUUGUUUUUUUUUUCAUGACUAGUUAUUUUCUGUUUUCAUUACUAUUUUCUCUUUCAUGAGUACAUAUUUAUGGAGUACAAUGUGAUAUUUCAAUACAUUUAUAUGGUGUGCACUGAUCAAACUGGGAUAAUUAGCAUUUCCAUCUCCUUAUAAUUUUUAUCUAGAGCCUUUGAGCUCCUGUCGUCUACUUCUUCCUAAAAUGUCCAACAGGUACUGUGAACUACAGUCACCCUGUGUUAUGAGACACUAGGCUUUAUUCCUCCUACCUCCCUGUGUUUUGGGACCUAUUAUCCAACUGUGCCCUGUCUUCCUGCUCACCUGCCCUUCCCAGACACUAGUACUAUUCUACUCUUUUUUGAGACCAGCUGUUAUAGCUUCCACAUCUGAGAGAGAACGUGUGGCAGUUUUCCUUCUGUGUCUGGCUUAUUUUAUGUAACAUAAUAUGCAGCUUUGUAGAUGGUUUUACAUGUAUACUCUAUGUAUAUGUGUGUGUGUGUCUAUGUAUAUGUGUGUGUACUUAAAUAUAUCUAUAUAUUUAUAUAUACAUAAACCAAUCAUUUGCAUGAUCCCUGGAACACCUCUGUAGAGAUAUUUAGGUCAUAGUUUGAAAACCAUUGGUAGCAGGGCCGGCACUGUGGAGUAGUGGGUAAAGCCACCGCUUUCAAUACCAGCACCCCAUAUGGAUGCUAAUGCGCCUGGGAAAGCAGCAGAAGAUAGUCCAAGUCUUUAGGAGACCCAGAAGAAACUCCUGGCUCCUGGCUUUGGAUUGGCACAGCUCUGGCCAUUGCAGAGCGAACCAUCUGGGGAGCGAACCAGUGGAUGGAAGAUCUGUUUCUUUGUCUCUUCUUCUCCCUUGGUCUUUGUUAACUUUCAAAUAAAUCUUUAACAACAAAAGAAAAGAAAAUUCUUGGAAGAGAACAAGUUAACAUGUAAUUUUCACUUCACACCUAUGUGUUUUGCCAUCAUGCAGGCUUGGUCUUUAGUCUUAGGAAAACUAACAUCUAGCUGUUUUCUAAGGUUAGUAUUAAUAAAUAAAAUAUAUCACCUACUUCUGUGUUUCUAAAAAUCUAAUCACUCUUGUACAACCUUCAUAAUUUUUGCCCUAUCUGGAUGGGAACUAUAGUUGUGUGUGUGUGUAUACACAUACACACAAUAUAACAAUAAACUAAACUUUUUUUUCUUUUUAAGAUUUAUUUAUUUGAAAGGCAGAGUUACACAGAUAAAGAAGGACAGGCAGAGAGAGAGAGAGGUCUUCCAUCCGCUGGUUCACUCCACAGAUGGCCGCAACGGUUGGAUUUGUGCUGAUCUGAAGCCAGGAGCCAGGAGCUUCUUCUGGGUCUUCCUUGUGGGUGCAGGGGCCCAAAGACUUGGGCCGUCUUCUGUUGCUUUCCCAGGCCAUAGCAGAGAGCUGGAUUGGAAGUGGAGCAGCCAGGACUUGAACUGGCACCCAUAUGGGAUGCCAGCACUGCAGGCAUCGGCUUUACCCACUACGCCACAGUGCCAGCCCCAAUGGACUGAACGUUAAAACUUAAAUCCUUUUGAAAUGAAACCUUAUAUCUUUACCAUGAUGGAGAAAUUGUCAAUAAUAGCAGUGAAA